GGCGAAAACGACCUCGAUUGGCGCCCGUCGAGCAGCAUCAUCGCCCAGACGAUGAUAGAAUCGCGGAUUCCUCCGCACAGCCCUGGAUUGUCAGGGUUGCUCCCCCCUUGUCCUGCUGGAGGCUCGUGAUUUUCGUCAGCUUUGCAGCACGCAGCUGCAGUUGAAUCGCUGCGUUCUUCGCGAUUCGGCCCUGUCUGUGUUGUGAUGUGAAUGGUGCCGAGGGAAUGUUGUGCGGGUGAUUCAGUGCCAUGGCUCUAGGAUUGGGUGCUUGUGGGUCGUGAGGUUGGUGGGCGGCUGUGACGGGGAAGCAGAGGACCUUGGCAGAGGAUUCUCGGCACCAACAUUACAGGAAUGGCCAUGGAUGGGACCUCCCCCGUGUCGCCUGAGCCGAAUCAGUCCAAACCUCUCGACCCCAAACAACUCGUCAUGCGUGCACCGCAGAUGGAUUUUACUUCCAACGAUUUCUUGUUUGCCAAGUUGCUCGGCCUGGGGUCCUAUUCAAAGGUGACAAAAGCGAAGAGGAAGAACACGGGCGAAAUAUAUGCGUUGAAGAUAAUGAACAAGAAGCACAUAAUUCGUGAGAAUAAGGUUAAGUUUGUGAAAAUGGAGCGCAUGAUACUCGACCAGCUCGACCAUCCGGGCGUAGUGAAGCUAUGCUUUACAUUCCAGGAUGUCCACUCUUUGUACAUGGGGCUUGAAUGUUGCACUGGUGGAGAACUUUUCGAGCAGAUAAGAAGGAGUAAACGGAUGUCCGAAGAAGAUACUCGAUUCUAUACAGCGGAGAUUGUUGAUAUUCUGGAGUACAUUCAUUCCCAAGGCAUUGUCCACCGUGAUCUUAAGCCAGAGAACAUACUCAUAUCAGCAGAGGGAAACCUUAAACUGUGCGACUUCGGCAGUGCAAAGAUGUUCCGACCAUUACCAAAUGGAUUUUUCCAAUCUGAAGAAGAUUCUUCCGCCUUCGUUGGCACAGCAGAAUAUGUGUCACCAGAAGUUCUUCACGGCAAAUCAGCUAGCCAUUCUGUCGACUUGUGGGCAUUGGGUUGCACUAUAUACCAAAUGUUAGAAGGCAGACCCCCGUUCAAAGCUGCGACAGAAUAUUUGACCUUUCAGAAAGUGAUGGCACGAGAGCUUUCCAUUCCAUCGCAUUUUAGUCCCGAAGCCAAAGACCUGGUAGACAGUCUGCUGAAUUUGAAACCUAAUGAGAGACUGGGAGUUCAAGGCUAUGAUGACAUCAAGAACCAUCCGUUCUUUAAAGGAUUUGAUUGGUCCAGGCUCAGGAAAAUGGCUACUCCGAAGCUGCUAAAGGAUCCCAAUACUGAAAGUUUGGAUGAAGAAGAAAAAUGGCAAGCAGGGAUAAUUGAUGGUUUGGAUGCAUUUGUAUACGACGUAUGAAUUAUCAGUAGACUCACAUGUAGAAUCUGCUGUUGAACAAGUUUGGCUCCCUGCCUCUCGCUCUUAAUGUGUUUUCCUCGAUAGAAAUUCAUGUUAAGUUGCUAACUGAUGGAAGGCCCGAUCCAUUGCAGCAUUAAUUACCAGUUGGAGAUAAAUGUAUUUUUUGAAAACCUCGAUCUCUUUUAUGAACAUCUUAUAAAAUUCCCUUCAGUCCAUAAUGUGGUCUGAUUCCCAUAUUAAUGCUAAUUGAAUCAUCUUGAUUCUCAAAUUGUUUGACA